AUGGCCCUGCCAGGCACCCAGAGCCUGGGGACCCUCUGGGAUCACCUGGCCAUCAGCCCCAGGGGCCAUUGUGGGGCGGAGAGUGAGUGUGGCUGUGGGACCUUGGCUGCACGGCCCCACAGGGGCUGUGAGUGGGUCAGACUCCCUGGCCCAGGAGACAGACAGCAGACGGACCCCAGGCUGGGCAGCUGGAGGGAGGGGCGCCGGGGCGCUGGGCAGCCGGGCUCUGACACAGUCCACAGCUCCAGGCACCGCAGGCCAGCGGGCUCCACACAGGCUGGACAGGGCUGGGCCUCCUCGGAGCCUGCUGCAGCCAUUGUGGGCACGUGGAGAAGGGCCCACGUGUCUCCACACGCCAGCCACAGGGGAGCCCUGGCCAGGCGCCCACCCAGGGGAGCGUGUGCCUGGGAUGGGUCGCGGAACCACCAAGUGCCCGUGAGGCUUGCCAGCACCACGGGGCUGUGGAAAUCGCUCUUAUUUAUAUUUAAACACCUUGGAUUUUCUACUGGGUCUUGGCUUCUGUUCCCGCAGGGCCUGAGCCUGAGGAGCAGGACGCAGUGGGGUUCACAGGAGGCCGCUGCUCAGAGUCUGCAUUCUGCAUACGGGAAAGGGGUCCCACCUGUCUGGGGUGGGCAGCCUCGUGGUCCAGGGCAGUGCAGGGCAGAGCCUGGGCUGUGCGAUCACAGCCGCCACCUUUCUCCUGGGAGCCUCCACUUCCUCCAAAAUGGGCCUUGUGCCAGCCCCACCCGCGGCGAGCAGACAAGGCCACGAGGGCAGGGCCCUGAGUACCUGGGCGGGGGACACUCCCAGGGGGCACAGAGGGGGCUCCCGCCUGGGCACUUGCCUCCUCCCCUUCUCUUCUUCCUCCACGUGCCAGGUGGGGCCCUGGGUUUGAGGAGCCGAGCCUCAGACGCGUGCCCUGCCCUCAGGAAGCUGGAAGCGCCCAACUGGCCUUGGAAAUCCCGGCGGCGAGAACAGGAGCCGCCCAGGGACUAAGGGGGCUUCUGGGAGGCCACACGGCUGGCCCGGGGCGAGGGGUGUCACUGCAGGGCGCCCCCCAGGCCCACGGCCCGUCGGGACAGUACGGUGACCCAGCCUGCAGGACAGGGGAGAAGUUGGUUUCCGCCAAAUGCCCCCUCGGACCAGCCAAGGACAGAGACAGACACGCUCAGCGCUCACGCCAGAUGGGACAGCGACCAAGCCCAGAGAGAUGCAGCAAGUUGCCUGAGGUCACAGAGCAGGGACUUGGACGCCAGGGAGCCGGCUCCACAGAGGGCCUCUCUCCUCCCUGCCUCCUGACCCUCAGACGCCUCCGCCCCACGGGUGAGGCUGCUGCUGCUUCUUUCCAACACGACUCGAAGGAAAGCCCCGAGGGCCGAGCCCGCUGUGCGUGGACAGAAGGCAGCGUGGGGUGGUCCAGGCCAGGGCUCAACCUGCCUCGAGAGGGAGCGUUGGCGCAUGUGAGCGGCAGGGACAGAGACCGGCGUGGUUCCGGUGUCAUCAUCGCUGCUGAAAAAGGGUCUUCCCGGUGACAGGCCCCGACAGAGGAGCGGGCUGCGAGGCAGGCAGGAGCCGCGUGUCUUGACCCAGCGCACCCGCCAAGCUCUCUAGCCUCACCUGGCCUCGGUGUCCUCAUCUGGGAGAUGGUCCAGCUGAAAAUGCCCAGCAUCCACAAGAAAGGAUGGAAGCCCUGGGGGCCCUGACCUGGCCCGGGUGCAGGCUGCUCGGCCGGGCGGGGCGGCAUCUCCUUUCACAGCUUCCCUGUCUGUCCACGGCCUCCAGGAGCCCCACACAGGGCCGGGGCUCUGUGCCCCCAACUCACACCCGUUGGCUCCCCCAGGAGGAGCAGGCUGGGCCCAGAGCUGCAGGGUGGGAUGCAGGGAGGUCUUAGCUGCGGAAGAUGCCAUCCCUGCCAUUGCUAGUGACAAGCUCGGGCUGCCGUGGCCCCAGCACAGAUUCAACACUCACUGCGCCAUGCGCUGACAGAUUCAACCCUUAGUGCGCCAUGUGCCGGCUGCUGCACACUCACCUCCACGCCCAAUUCACAGGAAGCAAGGCUGGGAGGGAGGGAACUGGCCCCAGGCCACACAGAUGCUGAGAGCUGGGAUUAUGACUGGGUGCAGUGGCUCACGCCUGUAAUUCCACCACUUGGGGAGGCCAA